CUUGUCUGAGUUGGAUGCAGUUCGACGCUCCUAAAUGGAUUUUAAAAGCGCAACUCGCAGGAGCUUCAUUGCAAAUACGCAGCCUGACUUAAGAAGACGAAACAAAAACUCUCAGUGACUAAAUUCAUCGGAAUAUAUGUGUAUAUCUAUGCAUUUUUCAUGCGUAUAAUCUUUUACUGGACGAAUUUUAAAUUAAUUUCACAUUGCAAUGAAGUAACCUCAAAUUGUGACGGAUGUGAAAGAAAUGAAAUCAUAUGUCUUUCUAAAGGAUGCCAGAGAAAAGUUGCAUGGGGGUAUCCUGUAGGAGGAGUUCUUUGUGACCAAACAAGUAACGGAUUUUCCCUUAUAAAAAAGGAAAUUGAGUCCGGACUGCUCAAUGAACAGCAUUACCCGGAGCCCAGGCUGUACAGCAGGUCGUGGUACAAGCAGUUGUGUUUUCACCCAAAGUCAAGAACCUGCAUCCAUCUUUUUUCAAUCUGCGAGCUCAUAUUCUAUUUCCUCCUUAGAUCAUCUUUAAUAAGACACAUGCUUGUGAGCUCAGGCACUUAUUGACAGAAAGCCUCCUCACACAGCGGGUUCUCUGCUUCCUUGCCAGCCCUCCCAGAGCUUCAUGGGUUGAACCACCAGAGGUUCGUCAAUCUCUCUCUCUCCUCCUCUUCAUCCUCCGCACAACCCCUCAUCCCCCCCUCAGUCCUACAACCCCGCGCUGUCUGCUCCCUUUGCCUGUACUACCACCAACGUGAUGGCUUGUUGGGCCCCGGGCUUGUUUGGACUUGCGACCGCAACAUCAUCAUCCUCCUCGACUACACAGACUUGCAGACACAGCAGCUACUAGAGUGAAAGAUAAAGCGAGGCAGAGGGGAGGAAAAGGAGAGACAAACAGAAAGAGAGGACUACCAGAGGAGAGAGGGGGGGGAUAAUCUUUCCCAGCAGCAGAGGGAUCCACCUGUCCCACAGAGGAAGGGGGCCCCCCCACCUGAUCCAUCUGGUCGCAGGGGGGGACCCUGCGUAGCCGCUAAGGCAGCAGAGACUAUGCAGCUGGGACUGGUGGCGCUGGCAAUGAUCUUCCUCAGCUCCAUGGGUCAUAGCGAAGCUCUCAAGCUCUCCAAGGCGAGACGGCAGAGACGGGUUAGCACUGAGGGGCCACCAUCUUGCCCCAAAGGCUGUGAACGAUGCUCUGAGUAUAACGGCUGCAUCAAAUGUAAACCCAAGCUCUUCAUCUUCCUGGAGCGCAAUGACAUCCGACAGAUAGGCGUUUGCCUCGCCUCCUGCCCCAUGGGAUACUUCGGCAUGAGGAACCCAGAAGGCAACAACAGAUGCACUCAAUGUAAAAUAGACAAUUGUGAAGCGUGUUUCAACCGCCAUUUUUGCACAAAAUGUAAGGAGGGCUUGUAUUCACACAGCGGCCGAUGUUCUGUAAGCUGCCCUGCAGGCUUAAGACCGGUCAAUGAGACCAUGGAGUGUGUGGCAGGUCAGCGUCCUGUAGAAUGCGAACUUGGUGAGUGGAGCCCAUGGAGUUCCUGUAUGAAGAAGAACAAAACAUGUGGAUUUAAGAAAGGCUCGCAGUCUCGGGUUCGUUUGCCCCUUCUGCAGACCCACAGCCCGGACACCUCCCCGCCUUCUGUACCCUCGCAGACCUGUGCUCCACAGACGGAGAAAAUGAAGUGCAUGGUGACCAAGACGCCCUGUGUGAGAGAGAGGAAAAAUAAGGGAGACAGACAAGACGAUACAAACAGGAGGGAGAAUGGACGAGGACGAGAAGGAAAAGACGGCAGCAGAGGAGGAGGAGGUGGAGGAGGAGGAGGAGGAGGUGGAGGGAAGCGGAGAAAAGGCCAGAGCAGGACCACAACUGCUCCAAGCAUCACAACCAGCUCCGUCAGCUAAACUCCAUCGACUACUGGAGGGGGCUGAGAGAAAAACAGAGACAAUAUUUUUUCCAGCAGCACCCGCCAUAGACAAAGUUCAAAGUGAUGAAUUAACGCUGCUAUGCAUUAUAGAAGAUGCACAGAGAACUGGAGGAUUGCUGCAACACUAAAGGCUUCUGAGCUUUGUGAAUAGAUGAACAUAUCUGGAAGAUACUGGUGUCUAAGUGGCGUUCAGAAAGACUUGUUGAGUUUCUUUCCACUGUGAGGGUUCACUGCUGGACUGCAAAGCCGUGUUGAGGAUUGCGGUUUGUGUCGGCAACCAAACCGAUGUCACUCCACAGAUUCCUGUGUUUCAAAUGCAGCAUUCAAGCUGGAAGUCUAAUAAUGAAUGACAGUUCUCUUCCCUCUCGUCUGGUCUAUGAUGUAUUUUGUUCCAGUCCUGUUUUAAUCACAAUCUGUUCUUCAUUUGUUUUCAUCUUUUUGAGAGGGUGGCAGAUGGAUUUUCUCAAAAAGCCGCUGUUCAUGAUGUAAAGACAAUGAAUAAUAUUAAGUCUUUGUACCUUUAUUUCCUAUUGUGAUAUGAAACAAAAAAGAAAGGCACUGGAUAUCAUUUGUGGUUGUUGAGGGCAGACGCUAGACAGUAUAUUAUUUUGAGUAAGGAAUAUAUUACAAAGCAAGCCUAAGAUGAAGGAGGAUUACUGGCUUAUAUCCUUCUUUGGUGUCUUGACUCAACCUUUUUUCCAUUUGAUAGCUUAGCUGUUUGUUCAGAAUUAAAUGUUGGUGUUUGUAUCUGAAAUGAACCCUGCACAGAAAACAAGGAAUGCAAACAUGAGUAUUUGCAUGUGUACAUGGUUGCAUGUAAAUGUGUGCGUGUAUGUCUGUGCGUGUGUUUGUCUCUACCUAAAGUCUGUCUGUUUGUGUACUUUGUAUGCAUUUCUGCACGGUCAUCAAGUUGUUUGUCAAUGGAACUUAGUCGUUUGUACAUGUGUGUUUACGUUUGCACAUGUGUGUUAAUAUUGGUCUCAUAGUUUGAAGGAAUAGGUUCUGGAAAUCAAAAGGAAGGAAAUGUAAAUGCACAGUGAUAUAUCGAAUAUGCAGUAACUACAAGCCACUGAUCAUCAUAUAAGCCAUCAAAUCAUCAGCUGCUCAGUAGUCAUUUCUGUUUGCAACAGGGUCUGACGAUUUUGCACAACUAUAAUGUUUCCUACUGCUCAAGUUUCAAUACAAUCAAAGUAUUUUACACAUUUAUACUCAUAAAGCUUCAAAACAUUUCAGAUACAGAAAAAAGGGCGUCUUUCUCUGACAUUGUUUUCCAAGAGUCUGUUUGCUUUACACAAAAUAUUAGUUUCAGGAGAAGUUACACGUUACAUUAUUCAUUCAUACUAUGGAUUGUGAUACUGAAUAUGUCCAAUUGUGUUUAUCAUCAAACAUAAGAAGUAUUAGUCAUUAUGUAUAGCUUAUUCUGUGAAAGCCUCAAUAAAGUUCAGAUGAAGCUGAUGAAA